AUGUCGCAUUGCGAGGAAAGCGUUCGCCUAGACCUCCAGUCCGGGGGGGAGGUCAAGGGCAGCGGGAAGACGGCGCAACGCCUGGAGCGAGUCGACGAGAAGUUUGGGUCCGGGUGGGACUGGCGCUCCGCGGCGCUGCCGGCGCCGGUGUACAGCGUGACGAAGGCAUUUGCCUUUCUUGGGUCACGCACUCAGCAAUUCGGUGCUCACACCUCCUCUGGCGGCUGCUCGGCGGUAUGCCUCACGGAUGGUGGCACCUGGCAGCUGCUACCGACGCAUUGUCGCAGCUUUGGCGGAGCAGUGUUCGCAGGGGACAUCCUCCUGUCCAGUAGUUUUGCUUAUGCUCUGGGUUGCUCCGGGGGUGCUUUUGAAGCAGACCUCCUCACCUUGGAGCAAAAGCUGGACCUUCAGGUUGCCGAUCUUUUCCAGCUCCUGCCCAAGGUGGCGGCAAUGGAUGCAUGGUGGGAGUUGGCGCAAGACCGCGACACCAGCCGCUGGAGCAGCUCGCUGCGCAGCUUGUUCUUCGGCUUCGGAGGUCUUUCGCCGGUGCGGCUACCGCUCUACAACAUUGUCUUCGUGUUCGACCCUGCAGAGGUAGAGGAGCUCAAAACGGCGGUGCAGCUGCUGAACCAGAUGCCGCUGCCGGCGAAGAUGCACUUUGUGAUGGUCGCCCCAAGUGCUCAGACCAAUGCCUGGGACGAGGAGGUCUUGGGGGUGAAGCCCUCAUGGUUGAGCGGCAGGAUUGGCCGAUUCGCGGAUCGUGUCCGGCUCGAAGCACUGUGCCACAGUGGCCGCUUUUUCGGGCGGAGAGCAAUGCCGAACGGCAGGCUGCUCACGCUCUUCUGGGCUGUCGGCGUUCUUGGUAGAGAUGGAGCCCACAAGGGCGACGUCGCUGUCUCGGACGCGAACGCGAGCAACAAGAGCAACACUUCCAACACCACACCCGUGGUGAAGAUCAACCUCUUCGACACUGAUGAUGGGCGAUUUGCCAUCUCCACGGAUGACAUCAGCGAAAGGGAGUCAGAGCUAUUGAAGGAACAGCAAAAGGAGGCGGAGGUUCAGAAGGAGGAGAUUACGCAGCGCAACAAGGCUUACAUGUUCCUGAAGCAGCACAAGAACGACCUGAACCAUGCCGUUUGCCAGGCCGCCAGCGACUACUUCGACUUUGAGACCCUCACCCAGCUGGUGAAGAUGGGUGGAUCGGUGAACAAGCAGGUCUGCGGGGUGGACAGUGGAACCCCGCUGCACCAGAUGGUUUUCUGGGGCCUCCACGCAGGCGUGACGCGCCUGGUCCGCGAGCUGGGCGCCGACCCCAACCUCGGGGACGCGCGGGGGCUGCCGCCCUUGUUCGCCGCCUGCGCACAGCUCCAUGAGCUCAGCAACAUGGAGACUGUCCGAGCUUUAGUGGAAGGCGGGGCGGACGUGAACAUGGAGGUGGAGGGCUGGCCCUUGAUCGAGCUAGCAGCGCAACGGAGGCAGUGGCAGGUCACCAAGUGCCUUCUGGAAGCCGGCGCCUCCUGGCCUUGGAGCUUUGCAAGCGCCGAGUUCAAGCUGGGCGACAAGACAUACACCAUGCCUUUGGCGCAGCCCAGCUUGGAGGACUCCAACUACAAGUUCUGCAAGGCCGCAGAGACCAACGAUGCUGUCCAGGUGAUCAGCUACUUGGUGGCGGGCAAGGACAUCGACUUCGGGCUGUGUUGGACCCCGGCGCUUGAGUGGUACACCACCGCCCUCGGCCACGCAGCGUUCCACCAGCAGAAGGACAUGGUGAAGCUGCUCAAAGAGGCCGGCGCGUCUCAGGACCAGGCGAAGUCCUGCAGCGCCCAGCAGAAGCUCUGCCCCACCUUCGGCUGCUUCCGCUGCCUCGGGGCCUGCGAGGCCUACCACUCCCAGGAUGCGCCCAUGGCCAAGAAGCCCAGCAGAUCCGAGAAGGAUCCCCACUGGGAGAUCCCAAAGAUGCUGAGUUGCUGAGUCGCUUCGGUCGCCGCGCUUCGCUUGCGCGAUGCGGCCGCGCGAGUUAGCGGGUCUUGCCGGAGACCGGGAGUGGUCCCGAUUUGGGGUGGAUCAAUAGGUUGGUGAG